UCGAAUUUAAAAAUGAGACCGGGACAGUUUCGGACGACAACAGAAGACGGAAUUUCGUUGCGAAACAAGAAAAAGAUCUGUCACGAUGAUAGAAUCAGGUUGUCACAGCACAUUGGAAAACGCAGAGGAGAGAGAAAUUAACGUCGACGACCUGAGGAAAGACCUUUUAUCAGAGUUUCACUCACAGGAGUCGUGCCUAGGAGAGAACGAGCACUUGCAGGUGUACCUCCGCAUUCGACCGUUCGCAUCAAUUGAAAGAGAAAAUGGCGAAUCGCAGGACUGCGUUUCCAUUGCCCCAGACAAGGUGCUCCUCAAGGCUCCAAGGACUUCCCUCUCAGCAAGGCUUAGUGACAAAUCAGUCCCUCAGACAGCUCAACGGUUCCAGUUCUCACAGGUGUUGGGGCCAGAAACCUCUCAGAGGGAGAUGUUUGAUGGCACAGUGAGAAGUCUGGUCAAGGAUGUUUUGGAAGGUGGAAAUUCUCUGGUUUUCACAUAUGGAGUCACAAAUGCCGGAAAGACAUUCACAUUUCUAGGUCCAGAGACCAACGCAGGGAUCCUCCCCAGGUCUUUGAAUGUCAUCUUCAACAGCAUUGAGGGCCAUGUUUACAACCAGAUGACCAUCAAGCCACAGCGAUGCAGAGAGUUCAUCAGGCUCACUAAAGACCAGCAGAGUGAAGAGGCCACUAACAAGAGAAAUCUCUUCAGGCUCCUCAAGGAGAGUGAUAACCCGACAAGCUCCACCAGCCAGACAAGCUCCACCAGCCAGACAAGCAAGACAACCCUGCAAGGGUCCGCACUAAGUGACAUUGAGAGGACUGUGACUGAAGACGCUUUCAGUCUGGUUGUUGACGCACACAUCAAGUUCUCAGUCUGGGUGUCCUUCUGUGAAAUCUACAACGAGAAUAUUCACGACUUGCUGGAGCCCGUACCGAUCGGGGCCCUGAAGAGAUCCACGCUGCGGCUAUCACAGGAUGUCAAAGGCAACUCCUUUGUAAAAGAUCUGAAGUGGAUACAAGUGAACAAUGCGGAGGAAGCCUACAAGGUGAUGAAGCUAGGGAAGAAGAACCAGAGCUUUGCCAGCACGAAGCUCAACCUCCUCUCGAGCAGGAGCCACAGCAUAUUUUCUGUUCGUAUCCUGCGGAUUGAAGAUGCUCGGAUUCCUCGCGUUAACUCUGUCAGCGAGCUGUCCCUGUGUGACCUGGCUGGGUCAGAGCGGUGUGCUAAAACGCAGAAUAAAGGGGAGCGUUUGAAAGAGGCCGGCAACAUCAACACUUCGCUGAUGACUCUGGGCAAGUGCAUCAACGCCUUACGUCAAAGCCAGCAAUCCAAGCUACCACAGCACAUCCCUUUCAGGGAGAGCAAGCUCACCCACUACCUGCAGGGCUUCUUCUGUGGGCGGGGCAAAGCCUGCAUGGUCGUCAACGUCAACCAGUGUGCUUCCAUGUACGACGAGACGCUCAGCGUGCUCAAGUUCUCCGCCGUGGCUCAGAAGGUGGUGGUGCUGACCACCAAGACCGUCCCCCAUCUCGCCGCCAAGACGUCGGCCCGGGAACUGUCCAUGAUCGUCGACCACGCAGACAGGAAGAACCUGUUGGGUCGGCGGAGAAGGAGCUCCCUGGUUGGCUGGGAGACCAGUCUGGAGGAUGUGCAGGAGGACGUUGGUGACAUGGAAGAGGAGAGCAAGGCAGAGGACAGCGUGAUUGAGGAGACCAUGCAAGGAGUGGACGAUGACAAGUUUCUCAUCGAUAGAGAUGCUUAUGAGAGCCAACUCCUCCAGAUGAAGGAGCUCCGGGAACAGCUCCAGAAAGAGCGGUCUGAAAACCUGGCUCUGGAAUCCCGGAUCCGUGACGAGAUCACAAAGGAGUUCUCGGAGCUCUUCUCUGAAAUGCAGACCGACUACAAGGAACGUCUGGCCAAAGAGAAGGAGAUUGUCGAGGAGAGAGCGGAGAGGCGUCUAGAGAUCCUGAAGAAUCUAGUGAACAAGAACACCAGUCAAGAGGAGCUGGAAAGAACCGAUGAAGAACUGGACAGAGCAGAACGAGCCACGAAGGACAGCUCGUCGUUGGGAGGCAUGUUUGACUCCAUGUGCAGCGACCUGGCAGGCAUAAAGAUGGCGGCCGAGACGGCCAAGAAAUGUCUGGUGGUCGCCCACCCAAGUAGCGACACCGUCUCCAACCUCUCAGAGCAGCUGCCUGUCAAAACCAAUGAACUGGAAAAUUAUUGCAGACGAGCACCGCAAUCAAACGAACAGCUUGACGAGACUCUGGAGUCUCAGGAGCUGAAGUUCUUCGACCUCGUGGAGUUGUGUCAUGAGAAGGACGAGAUGAUCUCCUCGCUUCAGAACACCGUGGACCAGCAGGUCAAAGACACUAUCGAGGAUAAGACUACAUUCGACAGCAUCAAGGACGAGCUCUGGCGUCUGAAGAGCAGCUGCACUUGCUCCGGAGGGGAGAAGCGCAGCUCUCGCACAGAGAGCCGCAAACGGCUGGUGGACCUACAGCCGGACCUGGAGGAACAGCCCCCUCGCAAGAAAGGAUUCCAUGGGGAGGGUAGUGGAGAGGAAGAGGAGAAGAUGGACAGCUUGCGCUGGGAGCAGGAAGUGAAAUCCUCAGGAGUGGCGCGACUAGUAGAGACUCUGCCGCUUGAUCAGGUAGCACACGGAGAGGGUGACUGGAAAGUGCAGGAGAAGAAUAUCUCCUGUAUGGAGGAACAUGAGCUGAAAGCUGAGCUGGAGGCGCAGACGCGUGCUCGCGAGGAGGCCCUGUCCGCGGUGGUGGAGGAGGCGGAGGCGUGGAGGGAGAAUGCCAGGCUGCUCCAGGAACAGGGAGACUUGCAGCGGGAGAUGAGCAUACUCCGAGGGGAAUCCCAGGAUCUAACUGGGAAGCUGCAGGCCAUGGAGAGGGAGGUCAAUCUGCAGACAGCCAGAGCAGAAAAAGCUGCAGAGGACCGACAGGCCACGCAUGACCACGAGCUCAGAGAGAGAACUGCCCUCAUUGACUCCCUGAAACAGGAAGUGGCACGCCUAGGACAGGAAGUCGUGGCCUCUCAAGCUGCGUCGGGAGUACAAAGGGACAGCAGGCUUCUCAGAGACAAGAUGGCGGAACUGAAGAGGGAAUGUUCAGAGGCCCUGGAGGAGAGGCUCCUGCUGAAAGAGAAACUGGCCCAACAGCAGAUCUCAGAACAGGAGUUGGGGGAGCUGAAAGAGAAACUGGCCCAACAGCAGAUCAUAGAACAGGAGCUUAAAGAGAAACUGGCCCAACAGCAGAUCAUAGAACAGGAGCUGAAAGAGAAACUGGCCCAACAGCAGAAAGAGAAACUGGCCCAACAGCAGAUCUCAGAACAGGAGUUGGGGGAGCUGAAAGAGAAACUGGCCCAACAGCAGAUCUCAGAACAGGAGUUGGGGGAACUGAAAGAGAAACUGGCCCAACAGCAGAUCUCAGAACAGGAGUUGGGGGAACUGAAAGAGAAACUGGCCCAACAGCAGAUCUCAGAACAGGAGUUGGGGGAGCUGAAAGAGAAACUGGCCCAACAGCAGAAAGAGAAACUGGCCCAACAGCAGAUCUCAGAACAGGAGUUGGGGGAGCUGAAAGAGAAACUGGCCCAACAGCAGAAAGAGAAACUGGCCCAACAGCAGAUCUCAGACCAGGAGUUGGGGGAGCUGAAAGAGAAACUGGCCCAACAGCAGAUCUCAGAACAGGAGUUGGGGGAGCUGAAAGAGAAACUGGCCCAACAGCAGAUCUCAGACCAGGAGUUGGGGGAACUGAAAGAGAAACUGGCCCAACAGCAGAUCUCAGAACAGGAGUUGGGGGAACUGAAAGAGAAACUGGCCCAACAGCAGAUCUCAGAACAGGAGUUGGGGGAACUGAAAGAGAAACUGGCCCAACAGCAGAUCUCAGAACAGGAGUUGGGGGAGCUGAAAGAGAAACUGGCCCAACAGCAGAUCAUAGAACAGGAGCUGAAAGAGAAACUGGCCCAACAGGAACUGACCUUGGAGCAGCUUAAGGUGGAAAUGGAGGCUAAAGAAGAGGCCCACAUUGACAGCAAAAACUCUGUAGCUGAGGGGCUGAGGAAACUAAACUCUGAUCUGGAGGUUGAGGUUGCGACCUUGAAGGGAAAGAUGGCCUAUCUGGAGGAAGAGGAGCGCACCCGCCAAACCGAGAGGGAGGUGGCUGUAACCGUGUCCCAAACGGAGAGAGUGACAGAGUUGGAGAAGAUACUGUUCGACAAGGAGGCGGAGGUGUCGGGCCUGCAGAGGAGCCUGAGGGAGGCACAGGAGAGGUUGGAGGAUGAGGAGACCGCUGCGGUGCAGGAGGCUCGUAGGAGGGAGGUGGAGAGGAGGAGGGAGCUGCUGGCUGUGGCUGAAGAGGCCAUCGCUCAGAAGGACGCUGAGCUGAAGAAGAGAGCCCAGGACAUCACCAGAUUGAAGGAGACCAUUAAACUUGACUCGGACAAAGUGAAGAGUUUGAGCCUGGACCUUGAGAGGAAAGACGAAGACGUUUCUGAUCUCAAAGAGAAGCUGUCCGACUCUAAAAAACAGAUACAGCAAGUUCAAAAGGAGAUCAUCUUGGAGAAAUCUCUCAAACUGAAACUGCUGGACUUGGAGAAAGUGAGGAAACAGCAGCAGGCAGAAUUGGCCAACAAAGACCGGACCAUACAACAACUGAAAUCUGAACGUUCUGCUGACUCGAAGUCUGAGGAGAACCUAAAGCUGUAUCAGAACGCCUGCAAAGACCUUCAGGCUAAGGAGCGAUUGAUUGAGGACAUGCGUCUGGCUCUGACUGAGCAGGAGGACACCCAGACCCAACAGGAGCAGGUGCUGGAGGCCAAACUGGAAGAGAUUGACGCCCUCACAGAAGAGGUGGAGAAAGUGAAAGGGCUGUUACGCUACCAGGACAAUAGAAAAGACACUGCGGCCCUGAGAGACGGCCAAUCGGACGAAGCCGAAUUAGCCAAACAGGAAGCCGUUCAGGCUCAAGUGACCUUGAAGCUGUGCACUGAGAAGCACCAGGCUGACAGGAGGAAGUGGCUCGAGGAGAAGAUGGUUCUGAUCCGGCAGGCCAAGGAGGCCGAGGACAAGAGGAACCAGGAGAUGAGGAAGUUCGCAGACGGCCGUGAGCGACACGCCAAACAGCAAACCCAAGUGGAAGAUCUCGUGGCCCAGCUCGGUGAGAAGGAGCAGGACCUAGUGAAGUGGAGGAAAGAGAGGGACUCCCUGGUGACCGCUCUGGAAGUCCAGCUAACCAAACUCCUCUCCAACAUCGCAGACAAGGAUGAACAGAUAGCCAGUCUCCGCGGCAACGCCACCUCUCAGCCAGCAGGGAGGCACCAUGGCCAGGUGGAGGUAGAGGAGCUGCAGAGCAUUCUGUCUGAGAGAGACGCUGAGAUCCUGAAGCUGAAGGAACAACUGAAAGCUGUAGCCAAAGCAAGUGGCAACGUCUCAUCCGCGCCUCCCACUAAGCCCAGAGAGACCGCCACUCUGACUAAAGCAGAGGAGUGCCCUCCCAAAGUCAGUGAGAGAACUCUCCACGACGACAACAGUGAACUAGUACAUGGAGUGAAGACUGAGAAGAGGACCAGUCAGGGGUCUGGGGGCUACCCGUCGGUGCUCGACUCCUCAGAGAUCAUAACGGAGGGAGGCAGGACCAGCCGCUUCCCCAGGCCUGAGCUCGAGAUCUCCUUCAGCCCGCUGCAGCCCAACAGGAUGGCCCUGAAACGCCAGGGAGAGGACGUGAUCAACGUCAAAAUCACCCGCAAGAGGAAGAGCUCUGAGAUUGACAAGAAGAAAGGUUGGCACAGUAGGGCUAAACAGAGAGCGACACGUGAGCUCUCAUCUCAGGAUGAGGUGAACAACGAGAACCGAAGGACCACCAGAACCCGGAUGCAUUCUAAACUGGCUGUACAUCAAGAGGAGACCUCUCCGGCGAGGGGCAGUAAAGACCCGGACUCCCAGUCCAGCCUCCGGAGCAGGAAAGAAGGAACGAUGCAGAAGAUCGGCGACUUCCUCCAGAGGUCCCCAACGUUUUUCGGGAGCAAGGCUAAAAAGAUAAUGGGAUUGGUGAGUGGGAAAUCCCCAGAGACGGAGGAGGGCGGGGCCCCCUCCAUGAACGUCAGGCCCAAGAAGUCCAAGAGGAAGCUUUACAGACCAGAGACCUCCUCUCCCGUGGACUUCCCCUCCCACCCGAUCAUCAGUGGAAGUCCAGACGAGAGAGAGGGGGACCAUCUCAUCAUCAAGAGAAAACUCCGGACGAGGACGGCUAAAUGAGUUCUCUGUUCCACAGCGAGGAUGUCAUCCAUGCUGCUCUUGUGGUAACAGGGAAACGAAAUCAUCGAUUUUGUUGGUGUAAUGAAGGAUAUGAGUUAAAAAAACAGCUUAAUAUCGGUUAGGUAGUUAUCCAGUUUUUGUUUUCAUAUAGCCUUCAUUUAUCACUUUAAUUUAUAUUUUAUUUUAUUUCUAUAUAUUUUAUGUUGCACAUAGUGGGAUUAUUUCUUUCAUUUGUGUGAUUUAACACUAUCAUUUAUGGACCCGGUAUGUUUUAUUCUCAGUCCAGAACAUUUUGGUAAUGUACUCCUCUGAAGAUGUACACGUCAACGAUAUGUCAAAAUAAACACCAGAUGGUUUUUGUU